AUGCUCUGCGAAUUGUGUGAUAGCUUGAAUGUAACCGACUUACUCAAGCUGGUAAAGGCGAAUAGUAGCAAAUCAUGGGGUCACGAUGAAUUCCUAUAUUUCGAGCAUCACAAAAGAUACGAUGAUCUCGUGAAUGCAGCCUCGUCCGGAUGUGAGCUUUGCCUAAUUCUUCAACGGCAAUGCGAGGAAGAACAUUUCAAUGGACCUACACGGGAACAAACGUUUCGAACCAUGGAGGCGGAGAAUAUCCCCAUGAACUUGCGAGUACGAAUUGAGGCUUCGCAUCUAUCUGAUCAUCAACCGUUCGAGGAAAUAAAGACUUUUGAUCAUUUGAUUUUCCUACUUUGGGGGAGGAGUUUUAUUGACUACUCCACUAUGAUGACUUUCAUUCUGCAGACGCCGAAAGAUCAACUGAAAUUCGUCGACGAUAUUCGAAUAGGUCAAUUUGUCAUCGACGAGGAUUUGGCAUCAGAUGCAAACUUCGAUAUUGCACGAGGCUGGAUGAAUACUUGCAUUGUUGAACAUUCUGUAUCGAAAUGCCCUUCUUUUGAAGACAGAGUCUUACCUUCUAGGGUGAUUGAUGUUGGUUUUAAAGACACAAACCCAUCUCUUUUUGUGACGAAUGGUCUUAGGGGCAGAUAUUUUACACUGAGUCAUUGUUGGGGAGGCCAAAUUGAGACCGUUUUAACAACAUCGAACCUGCAAUCGCUCCAGAAAGAGAUCAAAAUGACAAGCUUACCAGCGAAUUUCAGAGACGCAAUUUUGAUCACUCGAGCACUCGGCUUUCAGUUCUUGUGGAUCGAUUCCCUAUGCAUUAUUCAGGACUCAAAAUAUGAUUGGGGAAUUGAAUCAAAAAAGAUGGGAGAGACUUAUCGAAACUCUGCCCUAACUAUCGGAGCAGCAGCAGCACAUAAAGCCGCCGAUGGCAUGCUUCACUCUGGAUCACAAUCAUCUCGCGAUAUAAAGCCCAAACUCAAAUUAUCAAAAGACAGUGGAUCCGAUGACGUUGUGGAAAUUGCUAGCUCCAUCCAGCGGCCUGAAAAUCUCGCUGAAUUGUUGGAAUAUGGACCUCUACAAUAUCGAGCUUGGGCAUUACAAGAGAGAAUACUUUCGCCUCGAAUAUUGUGGUAUGGUCGCAGACAAAUCUAUUGGCAAUGCCUAUGUGGAUAUCAAUCUGCGAACGGCAUGCCAUUGGGUGAACGCUUCUUUUCCAGAAAAUCGUACCUCUAUCCUACAAUUACUCAAAAAAUUAUUUUUAACCAGAAUCAUAAUGAUGGGCCCACGAGAUUCUCAGAAGAAGAACUUUUAAAAAUAAAUGAAGAGUAUCAAUCCAUGGUAGUGGAUUACUGCACUCGAAUUCUAAGUUACACAAAUGAUAAACUCCCGGCUCUUUCCGGUAUUGCAGCACUACUCCACAAAGGAAUUGGAGGACAUUACUUAGCUGGAAUCUGGAGUAAAAAUUUCCGGGAAAAUUUGCUAUGGGUGAAAUUGGGGAGAAAAUCAACUCAUACAAAGCUGUACCAAGCACCAUCAUGGUCCUGGGCUGUUAUGGAUGAAGAAAUGCAGCUAUUUUACGACAAUUCAAGCCACUUGGCAUCUACCCCUCAUGACCCUAUUCUUUUAUCACAUCACAUCGAACUUUCCAGUGAGAAUCCAUAUGGUGCUGUCAAAUACGCCCAUAUCAUUGUUGACACGCUUACGCUGAAGUUGACCCACCUAGGUCGAUACAGAAAUCCCUCCAACAAAACCGAUUUCUUCAUAAUCUCACGUUGGUCUAGGGAUACCGGAGCCAGUUCCUUAUCCCCCCAAAUUCCUCGCGAGGAAGAGGGAGAAUUUAAAGUGCUGAGCGUGGGAUCUGUAGCAUAUAUACGCACCGAAAGAAAUAAUAUACAUCUACUGCUAGAAUUCCAUUCCAAUCUCCAAUGGGAUGACGGAAUCCCCGAUUGGUCGGCUAUCUCUCCACUUAAGUAUAAAUUCAUGCUUGUGGGAUUAAAUCAGCCGAAACAAAGUAAACCCAUCACGUUACUUUCAGGAUUAGGAUUGUGUUUAGAAUGUCUGAUCUUGCAAGAAGAUCCUGAAGAUGCGAAGGUGUGUAGACGUGUGGGACGAGUCGACCUGACAUUCACUUUCGACAAAGAGAUCGGAAAGCCGGUUUUGGAUGCAUUGCUGGCUUCAGAUCGGUGGGAAAGAGAGACCCUAAAGUUGAUUUAAAUUGGAACCUGGUACAGGAAUGCAUGUUGUUUGCUAGCAGUAGUGAUGAAUUCUUGAACAGAUAUUUA